AAGCUUUAUACCGACAAGUUACUACUUACUGGGCUCAGACUCAAGUUCCAACUAAUGUCAUUGUCCUCGACGUCGACAAUUAAGAGCCAGCUCAAUGCUGCUCUGGGGCAGAAGGCAUCAGCUUAUUUCGAAACCCUUAGCCAGUUUGUUUCUGGCAAGAUAUCCAGGAUAGAAUUUGACGAAUCCGUUCGUCAAGCACUGGAUGCUCCGAAUUUAGUCCAGUUACAUAAUUCCUUGAUCAUUUCGUUGUUUGACUUUACCGUGCACCGUCGACCACCCACGCCCCCUCCUGAUGUAUCGAAGCCGCCACCACGUAAACGUCGCAGAACAUUGCCUUACCAGGGACCGGAUGACAGAGAUGAUACCUUGCGCUCGUCGAGGCUUAAGCGAUGGACUGUGUCUUUAGGGAGGCGCGAACGCGAACGUAUACGAACAUUGCAAUCUAUGCCCACUGAACGCCCGAGACCUCGGAAAGAAACUGAUGAGAUAGUCCGCGACAGAGGGGUGAUGUUGUUAACUGAACGCGGAGAUCCACCAGGCAGUCGCUUGCCGUUACAUCUUGCAUCGGUCUCACGAGCUCCGACAUUGCAACAUAUCUCGGAUAGAAUAAAUCUCACAGCAGCACAGCAUAACCUUGGCGCACCGUCACGAGCUGUAGCUUCGCUGCUGAUGCUUGCAUUUGAGGCCAAACUGAAACAACUCAUCACACAUGCACUUUCUCUUACUUCAACGUCGCACGCAAUCGCCUCCAUAAAUCCAUCUGCGCGCCAUUCACAUAGCCGUGUUCUCACUGCAUCCUCUUUCGAUACCCUAUUCACACUUUCACCUGCCGUGCUGCCGAAUAAAUCAGCCGCAGCUAUGCGCCUGGCUAUUGGCGACAACGACAUUAUAGACGAUGAAGAUGUUGCAUUACUAAAGGAUCGAGAGGUCCGAGAUCAGCGAUGGCAGAUACUUGCUCUACUUGCUGAGCGAAGCACCGUCAAUGAAGCCCUGAGGAAUCUCAGAUAACAGCCGUUUACCGCCUUCCCCUGUGAUUUCGAACGCUGCUCUUACUCAUUACCCACUCAUUCUUGAAUAUGGCCGUAGGAUGUGCGACGCCAAGGAUUCGAAAGCUGGCUUAUUUUAUGAAUCACGGUAAGAAUAAUCUAUCGAUUAGUGGUCAAAGUCAAAAGAAAUACUCAGUCUGUAAUAUAUACAGUGUACGACCGAGUACCAAGUCGUUCAUAUGUAUAACAUCUUGUAUUUCCCUUACUGUAACACAGUUGACAACAUUGGUGUUCGAGUCAAA